AACCCCCACGCCAGCUGGAUGCCCAGGAGACUUAACACCAACCACAGCAGCAGCAGCUUGAAGAGGGUCACGCGCAUGUCCUGCGCCUCCCACUCCCGCAAGAACUCGCCGCCCAGCGCGCCCAGCGCGCCCAGUACCGUGGCCGGCAGAGCCUGCAAGGCCUGCCCAGACCAGGACUCCGCCAUGACUGGCCCUCGCCCCACCCGAGGGCGUGGACGGGCUCCUGAGCAAUAGUGGAUGAGCUGUGAGUGCGCGCGCGUUCGCGGGGCCGCGACCUGUGCCGGCUCGAGCCCGCUGGGCACUCGGGGGCGCGCACGUCGUUCCCCGCCCUCCCGCCGCCGCCCGCCCUCGCUUUCUCGCGCUCCCCUCCCGCAGCCCGCGGUGCUCCGUGGGUUCUCUCGUUAGUCCACGGUCUGGUCUUCAGCUGCCCGCCUUCGUCUCCGAGCUUGCGACUCGCGGACCGGCGUCCCCGGAGCGAAGAGGCUGGACUCGGAUUCGUUGCCUGAGCAAUGGCUGCCAUCCGGAAGAAACUGGUGAUUGUUGGUGAUGGUGCCUGUGGAAAGACAUGCUUGCUCAUAGUCUUCAGCAAGGACCAGUUCCCAGAGGUGUAUGUGCCCACAGUGUUUGAGAACUAUGUGGCAGAUAUCGAGGUGGAUGGAAAGCAGGUAGAGUUGGCUUUGUGGGACACAGCUGGGCAGGAAGAUUAUGAUCGCCUGAGGCCCCUCUCCUACCCAGAUACCGAUGUUAUACUGAUGUGUUUUUCCAUCGACAGUCCUGAUAGUUUAGAAAACAUCCCAGAAAAGUGGACCCCGGAAGUCAAGCAUUUCUGUCCCAACGUGCCCAUCAUCCUGGUUGGGAAUAAGAAGGAUCUUCGGAAUGAUGAGCACACAAGGCGGGAGCUAGCCAAGAUGAAGCAGGAGCCGGUGAAACCUGAAGAAGGCAGAGAUAUGGCAAACAGGAUUGGCGCUUUUGGGUACAUGGAGUGUUCAGCAAAGACCAAAGAUGGAGUGAGAGAGGUUUUUGAAAUGGCUACGAGAGCUGCUCUGCAAGCUAGACGUGGGAAGAAAAAAUCUGGGUGCCUUGUCUUGUGAAACCUUGCUGCAAGCACAGCCCUUAUGCGGUUAAUUUUGAAGUGCUGUUUAUUAAUCUUAGUGUGUGAUUACUGGCCUUUUUCAUUUAUCUAUAAUUUACCUAAGAUUACAAAUCAGAAGUCAUCUUGCUACCAGUA